AUGCACUCUGCGCCAUCGACGUACGCGACACACAUACCGCCGUCCUCGACGUGUAGCGUCUCAACCCCGAUCCCGAGCUCGAUCACGGAUUCGGCAUCCUCGCUCGACAACCUAGCAUCAAGUGCGGGACCCAGACCUCUGCCGAGUCCACCUCCACCCAACCUACUGUGCAACAAGCGUCGAGCACCUCUGAGCCAACCCUCGUCACCGCAGAACAUCACCAAACGAACUCAGGUCAGUGGCCUUCCCCGCGCCCUUUGUUCCGAGAUCUGUCCGACCGUUUCAUUUUGGCUGACAGACAUGUUCAUCAUCAUCAUUAUACUGUAUGCUCAUCCCGCGCAUCGCGCCCAGGUCUCUACCAACACGCCUCCGGCUCUACGCGUUCUGCCUCGUCUUCUCUUCACGACCCUCAACGCCGCUGCCACCACCGCACCGAGUUCGACCAUGUCGCGGCGCACACCCACAAGCUCUCCUACGAGAACGACAUUCGCCCCCACCACCCCUCCUUCGCUCUCCCCUCGCGUCGGAGCGAUCAGCAUCAACGGCGGUAGUCCGGAGCGACGCGCCUCGCCGACGCUCAAGAACUCGCCUUUGUCCGGAUCCAGGCUCAGCGCGCCAACUUCUCCCAGCCGGAUAGCAUUACCAUCGGCGUCGACAUCACCGCGUGCUCCGUUGGCCCUCGAUCUUGGAUUAGCAGCUUUCACAACACGGCAUCGAGUCAUCUCUGAACAUGCGUUCCAACCCAAUGCGAUGAACGACGACGCUGCGCCGAGCCUGUUCGUUCAACCCGCUUCGCCGGCUAUCGGCGCGGAUCCGAUCGAACCCACCGUCUCGCUUCCUACGCGUGGAACUCCUGCCGAGUCGACCUCUAUCGCUGUACCGAAAGGUUUCUCGUUACCUCCUGGGCCACCGAGCCCUGGUGGGGGGCUUGCCGCGAGGCGGAUGCUCAACAAGAAGCGGCUUUCGCUCCUCGUCCCCGGCGCAUCUUCAACAGCGGCAUCGGGAGCACUCUCACCGCUCAGCCCACUUGAAAACGUCACAUUCGGGCAUCUAUCUCUCCCCGAAGCCUCUGAAGAUGACGAGGCCGAAACACGGUCUUUACCUCCGACCCCAGGCGUAUCGUUGCAGUCCUUUAUUGGCCCCGAAGGCGCGGAGCAGGAGGAUCGGACGAUCGGUCGGUUGAUGCUCGCCGAUCGACUGGCGAUGAAGCAGCAGGCCGACGAGAUGCGAGAACAGAUGCGAGGAGGGCGGAAUAUGAAGCGCAGGACGUCGAUCCCUCGACUUCAACUCGGUGGACCGGGGGCGGCUUCGGGCCCGAAACCUCUACUCAUUGUGCCCAAGGGUAUUGGGAGUGUUCCUUCAUCGUCUUCCUUGUCGGUCUCAGUAGGUCAGAGCGCCAGUACCUCGACCUCUUCUUCUUCGUCAUCGACUUCGACUGUACAGCUUCUGAGGAAGAACGACACGGAACGGAGAGGCGUCAAUGGUACCGACGAGCCAGGAGAGGAGUACCCCUACGCCCUUGGCCCUCGUGAAAUCGUGCCAGGUAUCUACUUGGGGAGUGAGCAGAACGCGCGCGAUCCGGCCGUCUUGGCCAAGUGGGGCUUUGGAUUUGUCUUGAACGUCGCGAAAGAGGUCGAUUGUCCAUGGGUCGAGGAUGCCGCGCUGGUCGCGCCACCCCUCGAGCUACGGAGCUCGGGCGCUUCGGUCAAGUUCGUUGACGAGGAGAGAGCAUUGUUGCCGCCACCGACCUUCUCUUUGUCUCGGACGCCGAGUGAGGAGACUACACCCCGCGCUUCGACUUCGACCACAGGAGUAGAUGCGCUCCAGCCUGCCCGUAGCAAGUCGUCCCACCGGCGGACAAAGACCCAGGGCGUGAUCGUCGUUCCCGAACCGAGCCUCCCCGCUCGGCCAGGCUUUGUUCGACCGACCGUGUCGACGCCUAAUCUUCAAUCCAUCUUCACCGCUUCCACCGUCUCCCCACCCAAUGCCGAUGUCCCGACACCAUUCGUCGAUCCCUCUGUCGCUGCCACACCUCUUGACCUUCUCACACCAGCCGCGUCACCCUCCCUGCGUCGUGGCUCACCGCGAUUGCGUCGAAAGUCGCAGAUGGACGUCGAUGCGGCGCCCGAUGGGUCGAUCAAGUUUCCCGCGAAUCCGACAUCGGGUCGACCCGAGAUUGAUUAUCUAUGGCUCAAGGUAGGUCUCGAGUAUGUAUGUGCGUGCUAUUACCAGGGGCUUUGAGCUGACGUGACCUGUUUGUGCAUCGCAGUGGGGUCACGACGAGUCCGACCUGGUGGAGGCACGCAAGUUCCAAGCCGCCUUCGACUUCCUUGAUCGAGCUCGAGCUACCGACGGCGGCAAGGGGCGAGUGCUGGUGCAUUGCCAAUGCGGCGUAUCGCGUAGUGCGACGGUCGUCAUCGCGUACUGCAUGCGGGAAGCGGCUCGGGCGCUCAAGGAAGGUCGACACCUUCCCGAACUCGCUGGGUGUACGGGCAUGCACGAUACCUACUCUUUCGUCAAGGAGAAGUCGGAAUGGGUUGGACCGAAUCUGGGUCUCGUCUUCCAACUCGUGGGGUAUGAGCGUGCAUUGCGGGGCGACACGGGCGUGAGGGACGAUGAAGAAGAGCCACCGUUCCCCGACUAUGCGGAGGAACGCGCCGCGGCCGAGGCCAAGUUGGCACCCUGGACCUCGAAGCAGGUCGAGAGUACGAGUAGUCCCAAAACCCCAAUUUCGAGUCAUGGUUCUUUGACGUCGGAAUCACACCUUUCGACACCGGAGACGAUCGACUCGCAAAUCGUUCCCCGGACAUCGGCGAAGACAACCGUUUUGCCUCUCGGAAGCAAUGGGUCAUUCGCUUCUGCACGACCGCCCGUGGCGAUUCAGCAGGAGAUUGAUGAUCAGAACUCGAGCAGCCUGGGUCGAUUGACAGAGGCGAUUCACAUUGACGGGACAUUUGACGAGACCUUGACGCCCGAGGCAGGACGCGAGAUCUUCUCUCCUCAACCACAAACCUCUUUCGUCCUCCCCCUUCCUGGCUCGAACCGCACGAACGAUUGCCCGCAACUGCUGUCAUUAGACUUGGAUGGGGCUCGAGUGUCACCUACGACGACGAGGAAGCCGAUCGGGUUACCUACAUUCUCCAAGCCGACGUUGCCCCGCUCGGAUUCAGCGAGCAGGCUGAAAGGCAUCCUCAGUCGAUUCGUCUUCUCCGACGGGCUUUCGACCGACCUAACGGCGUCACACUCGCCAGCGACCGAGACCAACUUACCCAUGAUGGAUUCACUACCCGAGGAUGAGCUAUCGACCGGUACGAGUCUCGGUGCGGGCAAGCGACUUUCGUUUGGGAAUUUGCAGACCCCUUCGGAACGACGCAUGUCGCACAAACGUGUCUUCUCGGAUACGAUCCAAGUCCCUGCUUCGUUCCUCAUGUCGACGAGGGAGCAGCCGGAUUCAUGA